AAAGAAGAUCUAGUCUAGUUACUUUGACUAAUUUUCCAUUCGAUUUGAUUUUACAUUCAAUUUACACAUUUUUUUUUUACUGUGAAAUCUCAUGUUUAAAGGAUCAUGAUGACGGUCUCACGGAGGAGCAAAGAAAAAGACGAACUAUAUAUCUAAUAUGUACAGGUGUGAAAAUCAGCAUUUUGCUCAUCAUUUGGUUGUUCUUUACCGUGGUAUUGAUCAUCAAGAAACCACGAGUCCUGGAGGAGUUGAUCGUGUCGGUGGAACCAAACAAGUUGUAUGAGAAUGAUAUAACAAGUCCAGUCAAGGCAAUAGAAUUAGUGCUACGAGGUAAAAUCGAUAUCGAUAUGAUGCAUGAUCCUUCGAAUGCAACAAAGAACUCAAGCUCACUCAUUGUGUGGCUGCAACAUGUUGAAACUCUGUGGCAAAGUGAGACUUGGCAAGUCUAUUUAUUAGAGACGGUAACAAAAGAAACGACAAUGGCUACGUAUUUAUUUCAAAUACCCCAGAAUGAAUCGACAAGAGAGCAAGGACUUCAAUUAGCGAUAGCCACAACUAGUAGGCAGACGGAAUCGAUGUUAAUAGUUGUGAAUACUGCUCCAAUUGAUAAGAAUCUUGGAGUGAUAUGUGCGUUUAUCUUAAUACUGUUCAUGUAUACGCUUAUCAUUUGGGAUAUAUUGGAUAGAACGUUGGCGGCAUUGAUAACCACCAGUGCAGGAAUUGCAGUGCUAGGCCUAAUGGACGCCAGGCCACCAUUACGCACCAUUAUGUCGUGGAUUGAUAUAGAUACGCUGAUGCUGCUCUUUGGUAUGAUGAUUAUGGUGGGCAUAUUAGCCGAAACGGGAGCAUUUGACUAUAUAGCCGUUACGUCCUAUCGUUGUUCGAAAGGACAUGCCGGAAGCAUGAUGCUUUUUCUAUGUCUGUUUUCUGCAUUUCUGUCGGCCUUUCUUGAUAAUGUGACGAUGGUUCUGCUUAUGGUUCCCCUCACUAUACGUCUCUGUGAGGUCAUGAGUCUACGUCCUACAUCUUCUUUAAUACUCAUAGCAGUUUUCACUAAUAUUGGCGGCACUUUAACACCCGUGGGUGAUCCUCCGAAUGUGAUAAUAGCCACAAAUGAUUUUGUCGUUGAUCGUGGGAUUGACUUUUUCAAUUUUACCCUACACAUGCUUCCCGGUGUCCUACUUGGCAUAAUUGUGUGCUUAAUCCUACUCUAUGUCAUGUUGCAUCGAAAGAUCCUGGUGGCUGGGAGAUCAAGCCAAUUGUCAAACGGAGAGCUGGAUGAACGAAUGAGUGCAGAUAUUAGGAGGCGGGCUCAAGAGCUUACUCUACGUUAUAGCAAUCAAACGAAUAACCGGUUUUUCAGACCUGUCCCCAAUUUUAUAGAAACCCUCGCUGAACUCGAGAUCAGAUAUAAGAUCAGGAAUAUGCCAUUGCUAAUCAAAUGCUGCAUUGCCAUUGGUUUUGCCAUGGUACUAUUUUUUACCAACUCGCUGCCAUUCAUGAAAGGCGCUAGGUUACCCUGGGUAGCAGUAUUGGCCGCCUUGUUGCUUCUGAUAUUGGCCAAUUUCAAGGAUAUGCAACUUCUGCUGCUCAAGGUGGAAUGGUCGACAUUACUAUUUUUUGCCUCUCUUUUUAUACUAAUGGAGAUUCUGGUUGUCUUGGGUCUAAUCGAAUGGAUAUGCGCCCACACAGUGUCUUUGAUCCUCAGUGUUAGUGAGAAGUAUCAACUGAUAGUGGCCAUUACGUUAGUCCUUUGGAUCAGUGCCAUGACCUCGGCAUUUGUUGACAAUAUUCCGAUUACCACCAUGAUGCUGAAAUUGGCCAUCGAAUUGGAUGAUCACAAGUCGCUCAACUUGCCAUUCCCGCCCUUAAUUUGGGCACUGGCAUUUGGUGCUUGUUUUGGUGGCAAUGGCACUCUGAUCGGUGCAUCGGCCAAUGUAGUUUCAGCUGGCUUGGCCAGCCAACAUGGCUAUAAAAUCACGUUUAUGGACUUCCUUAAAAUUGGUUUUCCUCUCAUGAUAUCGACUGUGUUAGUAGUCUGGAUAUAUCUACUUAUUGCGCACUCAGUUUUUUCAUGGCAUUAAAAUCAUUAGGUAUUUAUUGUCGUAUAUUAGGAAAUAUUUCUGAGAUUUUGUGCUACUCGUCCAUAUAACAUGCCAAUAUUCUAAAAACGUUAAUAUUUCUUCGCAAUCCAUUUUUUUUUGUCUAACACUCUAAAUAUUUUCCCAAAAUGAAAGAAGGCCGAAAUUUGUAAUAAUAGAUAUAAUAUUUGUUUUAACUCUGAUUUUCUCAAUACAAAAGAUGAUUUAGAAAUCGUAA